AUGUCACCCAGAGAUACUUCCUCCACCUCUUCUAGGACUACCACAAACCCGGAUCCUUCCCCUUUUCCUUUGGAGCACGGGGAAUCAGGAUCUGCCUCCAUUUCCACGAGUACAACAGACUCGAGCCCUACCUCCGCGUCCAGAACUCUCAGUGGAUCAGAUGCCGCUAGCGCCGACCAAACCAGUCCUCAGGAAACAGGAGAUAAGGGGAAUAAUCGGAUUGAGCCCGGUGCUGUUGCUGGAAUAGCCAUUGGGUGCCUCUUUGCUGGUAUAUUUGUUGGUAUUUGCUUCGCAUGGCUCCUUCCGCGCUUUACUAAGCGCCGUCCGAGGCAUCGCCGGGCAAUCCGUAUCGUCCGCGCCCCUAAGAACCCCGAUACUGACAGCCCAGGGAGUAUGGAGUCAACAGACAAUAAAAUCAAGGUGGAAAAUUUCAUCUUGCAAGCAACACCCGACAGAGAGGUUGUUGGCAUGCUGCAGCGGCUAGAAGUUAUCAUGGAGCAGCACAUCGAGAACCACUACCACGUUAAACCGGUAGACAUCGGUGUAUCAGUUCUGGCUGAGCAGCUCACGAAUCUGGGCAUCAGCCAGGAUUCCUCGGGGUUCGAAGCUGAGGCUGUCGCUAAGUGGUGUCUGCAUCCUACUUCUCGUCGAUUGGCCCUUCAGCAUGUUGUCUCGCAUGUUCUUUUCAACAGUAUUGACUGCAACUCCCGGAACGGCAUAUCAUUGCUCCCAGGACCUGCAAUCAGCUUCCUCCGGUCUAUUCCCCCAAUCGAUAAGUCUCGAGAAGACUUUAAUGUUAUGUCAUUCGUCUUGACAAAGUGGCGUACCCUGUCCGCCCUGCUACUUCAUCCCAACCCCAGUGAGAGAACGCCCCUUGAGGUGUCUGAGCGUGCAGUGAGACAUCAGGCAGAAGAGCUUGUUGAGGAACUGGAUCCAUUUCUCCACUGUUUCGUUACACCUGAUCGAGAUAACUUGCAGAAACAGCGCCACCACAUGCAUUCCAUCAUCGUUGAGGCGGCUCAACUCGGCUAUGCAUUGUUUUCUCACACUGGAGACUGGCGGUUCAUUUACAAAGACAUAGGUACACCGAGGGCUGUCGUUCUCUGCAUCGGCUUGCAGAAGCUGAGCCAUCGGGAUGGGCGUCGACUCUCGUCACCCCAGCUGGUUGUGGAGCCACGUCUGGCUACUGUGUAG